GUAAACAAAACGCUUUGGAGAUGUCAGAGGAGAGUCAAGUUUCUCCUUCUUUUCCAGCAGAUUCAGUUAAAGUGAUCGCAGAAAGCAUUGGUAUUUCUGCCAUUGGUGACGAUGUUGCCAAAGAACUCGCAGAAGACGCCACUUUCAGACUAAAGAUUUUAAUUCAGGAUGGUAUGAAGUACAUGCAUCAUGGAAAGCGUAAACGUUUCGCAACUUCAGAUUUUGACCAUGUACUAAAAAUGAAAAAUAUUGAGCCUCUGUAUGGCCUACAGGCUGUGGAACACAUUCCUUUCCGGUUUGCAUCAGGAGGUGGACGAGAGCUACAUUUUUUAGAAGACAAGGAAAUCGAAAUCAAUGACAUGGUGUCAUCUCAAACUCCUAGACUUCCUUUGCAAACAACAAUAAAACCUCAUUGGCUUGCCAUUGAUGGGGUGCAGCCUACAAUCCCAGAAAACCCUCCUCCGAUCACUAAAGAUAUUCAGAAGAAAGAUGCUGUGGACCCAGCUACUAAGCUCUUGGCUCAGCAGGAUAACAAGGAUCAGAAGCACAUCCAUGGGCGUGGCAUGAAGAGCAUUGAAACUGUGAAAGUGAAACAGCUGGCGACCCAUGAACUUUCAGCUGAGCAGCAACUAUAUUACAAGGAGAUCACAGAAGCAUGUGUAGGAUCAGAUGAACCAAAACGAGGGGAAGCUCUACACAGUUUGGCAUUUGAUCCUGGACUCCACCAAAUGGUACCACGACUCAGCACCUUUAUUGCAGAGGGUAUUCGAGUGAAUGUUGUACAAAAGAAUUUGGCCCUUCUUAUUUACUUGAUGAGAAUGGCCAAGGCUCUCCUCGAUAACCAAACACUGUAUCUGGAAAAAUAUAUGCAUGAACUGGUUCCCUCAGUAAUGACGUGCAUUGUAAGCCGGCAACUUUGUAUGAAACCCGACAUGGACAACCACUGGGCUCUCAGGGAUUUUGCUGCUCGUCUCAUCUCGCAGAUCUGCAAGAAUUAUAACACUACAACAAAUGGCCUGCAGACACGCAUCACACGAGUUUUCUCAAGGUGUCUAAACACAGAUAGAACACCAUUAUCAUCUGUUUAUGGUGCUGUGGCAGGUUUGUCAGAACUUGGUCCAGAAGUUACUAAAGUGUUUGUGUUGCCUAAACUGAAAGCUUUGAGUGAUAAAAUUGAGCAGUGCAUGGAAGGAAUGAAUGCCUAUGACAAAAAUGCUGCUUCCCACAUCAAAGGCUUAUUGCUGAAAACUGUUGCACCAGUGCUAAAGACACUGCGCAACCCUCCAGAUACUGUGGCAGAUUAUAAAGCUGAGUAUGGGUAUCUGGGUCCCCAGCUGCAGGUGGCUGUGGUGAAGGCCCGUCAAGCCCCGCCACCCACGGCCACCACACUCACUGCACCCAUCAGGGCCAUCACCCCCACCACAACACGUAUCAUACAGCAAGGUGUUAUGCCAGGCAUGGGUGGAAUGGGUCCCCGGACUGUGGUUGUAAACAAACCUCCAACCUCAAGCAUAGCUCAACAGCAGCCUGGCCAGAAAGUCAUCAUUAUGACCUCUAGACCUCCUACACCAAGUCAGAGUGUAACCACAGAAACUAUGGGUGGAGUUAUGAAAACUGCAGUUGUCAAUACAGGCGUUCCCUGCAGUACAGGGCUCACAACAGUUACAGUUAAUCCUGGAAGCCUCCCAGCAGGUUCCCUAUCCCAAGCUAACAUAGCCACAACUGCCAUUGCACAGCAGGCAGCUACACAUCAAACAACCAAGUAUGUUGUCGUCACAGCACCAAACCAAGUUUCUAUCAAGACUGAAAUUAAAGAAGAAAUGGAACCCACCUAACAUCAACUAGUAGAUCUUGCUUAGCUAAAUCAUACUUGUAUUUAGUUUGUCUGUAUUGACGGUAUAAAAUAUAAACUUUUAUCUGCAAAGCUGUGACCUAAGAAAAACCACCUUCACAAACUUCUUUAGGUUUUCAUGCUUCCUUAUAAACCAGAACCUCUCUAAAUUUGGGGAUACAAAAACCAUAUUCAAGAAGAGAAACAACAUGAAAUUGACCUGAUUGCUUGGACAUGUUUAACAAAUUUCCUGUGCUGAAGCAUUUGAAAUAUGCAUGUAAGUUAUAGUAACCUGUCAGUAAGAGUUCCUUGCAUCUUUCACUUAACUCACAUGUGGAUCUGAAGAUGUUCUGGGGGCAUUCAAAAUGUUUUGCAGCCCAGGUACAUAGAAACGAGGUAAAGAGGAUGUUGUAUGUCUUAUGAAAUUACUUUUGUAUCGGUGCACUUCUGUGCCUUCAAACUAGUAAUGUCCUGAUUGUAGAAUUAAUUUUAGUUAGGACUGUUCAAGUACUUCAAUCUACACUAGCAAUUGUAACCUGUGCAAUUGUCUUUCUGAACUAGCAUACUGUUCAAAAUUCUUUAAAAGAUUGUUAUUCACAGUUGGCUUUGCAAAGCUAAGCCAGUAAAUCAGCAUAAUAUUGAUCAGUAAUUUACAAUUUGUGUGACAUGCAAACAACCCACAGUAUUCCUGUUAGGUACCGAAAGAUCUGGCCAUAAUCUUGCCAACCAAGAACUGAUGAUAGAUCUUCAGAAUUGGAAAUAACGGGCAUUUCCACUCCAAUGAUUAAGCAUUUGUCUCAGGGACACCGAAGUAACUAGCUGUAACGCAAGCUUCAUUAAAUCAAAACAGUAUUGAUAAGCCCCAGCAACUCAUUACUAGACAACAUUUUCUGGUAGCAUUUUUUUUUUUUUUGUGUGUGUGUGUGUGUGUGUGCUGAGGUGUUGGAAUAUGUUUUUAGCUACAAACUUUUGAUAUGCUAAGUCUUGUGAAUAAUAGUUUCUCUUAUCUGUAAAAGAAAAGCCUCCAGAUAGUCUUAUAACAAAUUUAAACAUGAUCUGUCUUCUUCUGUAUCUUUUAUACCAUUGCCAGACUUGCCUUUAUUUCUUAAGUACAGUAAUCUUCUUUCUCCCUUUCUGUCGGUCUACCCAUCAGUCUAAUUUCUUGCAGCCUACUUUACUCUUGUCUAUAUUUCUCAUAAGCCUACCCCUCGGUCAUUCUUUAGAGAUGUCACAACCAUUGAAGAAUAUUUGUUCACUUCUGCUGCCCCAUACUUCACAUAUCUUGCUUUCUUUGCCAUCCCACACAUUACUUACAUAUCCCUAUUGCUUGUCCCUCCUCACCUACAGGUACCAUGGGUAUUUCUCUUUGCCUACAACUACCAUGGGUAUUUCUCACCUAUCUGUACCAUGGGUUUUUACGGGCUAUUCAUGCCCGUGCCACCUCUUGGGUAGCUUAAUCUUCAUCAAUCAAUCAUGGGUUUUGCUCCUCACUCACCUGUACUAUGGAUAUUUCUCCUUACCUACAGGUACCAUUUAUGGGUAUUUCCCCCUCACUCACCUGUCCAAUGGGAUAUUUCUCUUUACCUACCUGCAGUGUGGGUAUUGUUUCUCAAUCACCUGUACUAUGUGCAUUGCUCCUCACCUACACGUAACGAUGUUCAUUCCUACUCACCUAGCUGUAAACAGUUGUGUUACCCCUCACCCACCUGUAACCAGGUGUAUUCUCCUCUCACCUACCUGUGCCCAUGUGUAUUCCUACUGAGUUGUACCACGGCAUUCUUCCUUGUCUAGCUAUACCACAUGCUGUCUUAGUACUUUCUUUUGAAAAUUACUUAUGGGCUCCUCAUCUACUCUACCUAUGCCACAUGCAUAGGUAGUACCCCAUUGACACUUAUUUCAGUAGACUGAAUGUUGUAUUAAAGUGCCUCAUUCUAUAUCCAUCUUUGACUCCCAUAGAGCAGGGAUGUAAGGAUGAUAGUCAGGUGGUUCAUCCUUCAUAUCAAUAACAAUAUACUGUAGUACAGUAACAUAUUAUUAUUAUUACCCUAUUUCCCACUUUCAUGGGGUGGGAAGGCAUCAGCCAAGUGACAAAAAUUAAUUUAGCAGAAGAAAAGUAUUAGUAUUAAAUAAUAAAAUAUUAAUAUUUUCACUUGUUCAUUUAUUAUAUCACCUACAAUAUAUAUAUAUAUAUAUCAUCACACACAAACAAGCACUUCCAUACUCCAGCAGUUAUCCACAGCAAAAACCAACUGUUUCUUAAGACCAGAUGUGCAGUGUUCUGUGAAUUGUUGCAUAUAGCAUAUACACAUUCAUUCGAUCCCUUCUUAUAAACUUCUUCCACCCAUCCUUAUCCCUUAUUAUAUACCAUUCACUCAAUCCCCAACUUGAUCUCUCUCAUGACCCUAUCCAUGUACUGAAUAUGUUCAAAUUCCAGUGACAUCACACAUUCCUUGUAUACGCCUACAUUAAUGUCAAAUCUAUCAUUACAUCUUUGACUCUUACACACAUGCACUACUUUCUAUAUAGAGAAUUUUAACAGCAUUAAACAGCACUUGGCCAACUCCAUACAUGCUAAUUGUUCUCUUAAAGUCUUUCUGUACUGUGUCAUGCUUUUUCCCAAGUCCAUAAAUGUUGUGUACAUUUUUAACUUUUCAUUAUUGUUUUAAGUGCCUCCAACAGAACUGCCAAACUUUCUGGGUAAGUUCUACAUUUAUUUGGCAAUGAAGCCUUAUUAUGCCUUCUGAAGUAAAGAUUAUUUCACGAUAGGUCGUGUUUGAGAGUCAUUCAGCUCGUGAGUAUAUCCAUAAGCAGUUCUCUGCCACAGGGUGCAACCCCACUGUCUAUUUGCUCCAGUGGAUGAUAAUGAGAGGUAGACUUUUAUGUUUUACAUUGCAUUUUGCUUCUCACAAACACUUCAUGUUUGCACAAUUCUAAAGAUGGAAAGAGCAUUAUUUAUCCCUACAUACAAAUAUUAAAGCAUAUGUGAUUUAUAUGAAAUGUGCAACAUUAAAUGUAGAUACUAACUGCAUAAUAGAUAUAUUUUCUAAAAACCCGAGUUGUAAUAUCUUUUGAACAGGUCAUAGUUAUAGUAUUUUCUUGGUCAACAGAUGUAAUAUUGUUUCUUAGUGUACUGUAAUAAGUAUGGUUAGGGUAAUGAAACAAACCACUUUACAAAUACACUGUAUUUACUGUAGGUGUAUAUAUCUGACCGUCACCGUAUCAUAUCAUCUGUGCUGUUAAUUUUACUGUAAUUCCUCACUUAUACACGACUAUCAUGGAAAACAACUAGUCUGCAUUACCAGAUUAUCUUUUUAUUCACAAAAUUGCAGAAUAUGAAUGAAAAAUAGGUGUUUCAUUCAGUCUCUUCAUUGACAUUCAGUCUCACAUGAACAAUGUUAGCUGAAUAGUGUAUUGUGUUUGUGAAACAAGAUCAGGGUUACAUUACUCCCGAGAAGAAUGGUUUGUUAUUUAAAAUUAACAAAUACUGUACCGUAAUUUUAUUAGGAGUCUGAUAUGAGUCCAUUUUAUUGAAUAGCCCAUAAUGUAUGUAAAUAUAAUUAAAUCACCUUUCUUCAUUAUUUAUAUGAAAACCAAAUAAAUCUAACAGUAGG